GAAAUUGAUCACCAAACUAUACAAGUAGCAGUAGGUUAUGGUGGCAAGAUCCGUGCCACGUUAUGAUCUCUAUUUGUUUUUUGGGUUUGGGUGUAGUGUAGGGUUUAUACUUUAUAUAAAGAGUAAGGACCUGAAACAUCUUUAUCGCCAUCACCACAUUCGUCAUCCGAUCUAGAAGCCCAAACCGUCUUUUCUUCUUCUUUCGUGCCCCUUUAUACCAGUUUUUUGCACGGUCGCGGUUCGGCGGUUCGGCGCGUACGUUCGCGGCGAUUUCCUUCCCCAUUUUUUCUGUCACUAUUAAAUACCCAUUACAAAAAGGCAUACCUUUCCUUCCUGAUCUCGGUCCUCGGCCGCCGGGACGUAUGCCCCUUUUUGUCUUCCAUAUCUGACUCUUCCUGCCCUUUUUAGCUCUGUACCGCUUUGCUUUCUCUUCUCUUCCAAGAUCAAUUGGAAACCAGAGCAAGGCAUUGAUAUUGAGGGAUGGCUUCUUCUCCCGUUCAUUUCCUCCGUUCCCCUUUGGCUCCCUCCCCUUCACUAGGUUACCCUGGAAAGAAUUGCUUGCAUCCGCUGUCAGUGAAUGGAAACUGUAACAAUGUAGUCUCCUCCACUGCUGCUGCUAGAAAACUCUUCGGUGCUGGUUUUAAGGGGUUGGGCAGAAACAACAGAAGUGGUAGAACUAAUAGAGCCUCUGUGAUUUCUGGGGAAGGCGAUCUUCUGUCUUUCCCCAGGAAGGAUACACAAGGUAUCUUUGACACUGAUAAUGUGACGAAUUCGCUUUCUGGGAUUAAGUUGCAACCUGAUGCUGUAGAUUUCGCAACUCUCUCUGCUGAGUUAACCCCCACCAGUACUAGUUUUUCCCCUGAUAAUGAUGAAUAUGACUUGGAUCGUCCUACUGAAGGCUUUAGCUCCAUCCCUGAUGCUAUUGAGGAUAUCCGCCAGGGCAAGUUUGUGAUCGUGGUUGACGACGAGGAUAGGGAGAAUGAAGGUGACCUGAUCAUGGCAGCUUCGAAGGCAACACCUGAAGCAAUGGCAUUCAUUGUCAAGCAUGGAACUGGGAUAGUUUGUGUUAGCAUGAAAGAUGAAGAUUUGGAGAGGCUGCAGCUGCCUCUGAUGGUAUCCACCAAGGAAAACGAGGAAAAGCUUUGCACAGCUUUUACAGUGUCAGUUGAUGCCAAAGUUGGCACAUCAACCGGUGUUUCAGCCCGUGACAGAGCGACAACUAUAUUGGCUCUUGCUUCUAAGGAUUCCAAACCAGAAGAUUUUAACCGUCCGGGUCAUAUUUUUCCUCUCAAGUAUAGGGAGGGAGGGGUCCUGAAGAGAGCUGGUCAUACUGAAGCUUCUGUUGAUUUGUCGGUGCUUGCUGGGUUGGAACCUGUUGCAGUUUUGUGUGAGAUUGUUGAUGAUGAUGGCUCUAUGGCCAGAUUACCCAGAUUGAGAGAGUUUGCAAAAGCAGAGAAUCUAAAGAUAGUCUCUAUAGCUGAUCUUAUAAGAUUCAGGAGGAAAAGAGACAGAUUAGUGGAGCUGUCUGCUGCUGCUCGGAUACCAACCAUGUGGGGACCAUUCAAAGCCUAUUGUUACAGGUCGUUGAUUGACGGAAUUGAACAUAUUGCCAUGGUUAAAGUCUUUUGUCUUCCAACUAAUAAUAAUACUGAUUCUUGCAUCAUGAAGGGUGAAAUUGGGGAAGGAAAGGAUAUCCUUGUUCGAGUGCAUUCCGAGUGUCUGACAGGUGACAUAUUUGGUUCAGCAAGAUGUGAUUGUGGCAGUCAGCUAGCACUUGCUAUGAAGCAAAUAGAAGCAGCUGGUAGGGGUGUGCUGGUGUAUCUCCGUGGACACGAAGGUAGAGGUAUCGGUUUGGGCCAUAAGCUUCGUGCUUACAACCUCCAGGAUGAUGGACGCGAUACAGUUGAAGCCAAUGAGGAGCUCGGUUUACCAGUCGAUUCCCGUGAAUAUGGCAUUGGUGCACAGAUACUCAGAGACCUUGGUGUUCGCACGAUGAAGCUGAUGACAAACAAUCCCAAAAAAUACAUUGGCCUCAAAGGAUAUGGUCUCUCGGUUGCUGGAAGAGUCCCAUUGAUUACUCCAAUCACAACAGAAAAUCGGAGAUACCUGGAAACCAAGAAACAAAAGAUGGGUCACAUCUAUGGUCCUGAUAAUGGUCAUUCCAAUGGAACCCCAGAAGAUCGUCUGUUGGAGGCAUAGGCCUUCUUCACUCACUGCACACUGAACAGGGAACUUGCGGGUCUUCCUCAUUGACAGGAACUUUUACAUUCUUUGAACGAGAUGCAUCUGCUGCUUAAAAAAUCGUUCAGUUGGUUCUAGGACUGUAAAUAUUUAGUCAGAUGAGUGUUCUAUUGUUUAUUUCUGUCGAGAAGCUAUAUUUUCAAUCUUUUUGUUGUAUCGUUUGCUGAGCAAUUGGCAUUUGCGCUCCUUUGCAUCAGCUACGGCUGAAGAGAGUAAUAAAACCCAAGUUUGUUUGCUUACUAUUCAUAUUAUUGUCUAGACUCUAGUGCCAUCAUUUGGCUUUCCUCAAUUGCUGUUUUAGUAUUUAGGGUAGUUUGGUUUUGGUGAUAGUUAAAUUGUU